GCGCCCCGGGGGUGCCCACCCCCGAAGCCCGGGCUGCGGGAGAAGCGGCCCGCCCGCGAGCGAGCGCGGGCCGCCCCGACCCGGGACGGGGGCGGAGUCUGGGAGAGACCGGGGACCGGCCUCCCCACGGGCCCGCCGCCCCGACCCCUUGGACGGACGGGCGACCCCCGACGGGUCUUUAAACCUCCGCGCCGGAACGCGAUACCAGGUACCUGGACACGAGAGGGCGGACGAGCGAGAGGCGGGGUGAGGUGCCACCGCGGGGAGCCGGCCCCAGACCGGGCCACCGAGGCCGCGGGGGGCGAGGGCGGGGCGGAGGGGAAGGCGAAGGCGGACCGAGAGGGGGGAGGACGGCGGCCGCACACGUGCGGGAAAGCCAGCGGGGGAGGGGACCGCCACGAGGGCGCGCAGGCGAGGCGAGGCAGGGGCCCGAGGCGCGGCGCCCCGCGGCGGCGCAGAACGGGAGAGGAGCGCGGGGACGCGGGGAGCGGAGCGCAGAGACGGAGGAGGCGGGCCGACGGGGAAAAGCGGACGCGGCGGCGGCCCCCAGCGGCUGGGGAAUGCGACGCGCCACGCGGGCCCGGACGCGGGCGGGGUCGGCGGAGCAGGGGCAGGGGGAAGCGGGUGAUCUGGACACGGACGUCCGCCGAGGCAGCGGGGGGGGGCGACACCGCGACGGGGAGGGCGCGCGGGCCCGUGCGGCGGCAGCAGCGGGAGGGAGGGGCACGCGCCCGUCCGCUCCCGGCCACCCGGGCCCGGAACCCGGACCCGCCGCGGCCGCCCCCGCAAGCCGGCGGGCGACACGACCCACCCGCAACAUGCCUUAACCCGGGCAACCGGCUCGCCCACCCGGCGGCACGGGCGCCGCGGGGACGGCACCGCACACGGCCACACCCACCGGGCCGACGCCGGCCACGCGAUCCCAGCCGGCCUCCCUACCGCUCCUUCCUCUCCUCUCUCGCGCCCCCUCGCCAACUCAACCCGUCCGCGGCCGCGGGAAACACCGGGACGGGGGAAGGUCCUCACCGGCACGGCCGCCCCGGGAACGGGCGGGUCCCUCCUCCCAGGCCGGCCCCGACGUGCGAGAGCGGGCCACACGGGGACGGACGACGACGGCGACGCGGGAAAGACGGCGACGACGACGAGGAGGAGCCCCGAGGGACCGCGGCGCCGGAAACCCCGGCGGAUCGCGGAAGGCCACCCUCGCGCCGAAUAGUCAAGUUCGACCGUCUUCUCAGCACUCCGCCAGGGCCGUGGGCCGACCCCGGCGGGGCCGAUCCGAGGGCCUCACUAAACCAUCCAAUCGAAGCCGGCCCGAAUUCACUCGCUCGCACGGACGCGGGGGCCGAGCGCACAGCGACCCGCGCCGCCGCGGACCGGCGGUGCCGGCAGGGGGUCGGGGGUCCGCGGCGACGACCCGUCGGCGACAAGUCACCGGCCAACGGCGGCGGCCGGAGGCGGCGGCAGGGACCCCGGGAGGCGGGCGACACCAAACCCAACGCACGCGAGCACGCUCACACGCGGACACCGCCGGCACAGAGCGGACAGGGCCAGGCACGGGAACCGGGGUCGCGCCGGGCACGCGGCGGCGACACGCCGAGAGAGCACAACACCCCGGAUCCGGGACAGGGGCGGGGACGAAGCCACACGGCUCGAGACGGAGGAGACGAUGCGAUGCGGGCAAGCCUACGCACGGCAAAGCGGGAGGGAGGCGCGGGAACCCGGGACAACAUCGCGCAGGCACGCGAGGCGGCACCCAGCGGGAGGAGGCACGUCGUGACGCCGGCUUCGGGCCCCUCGGACGGCCAACUCCCGAGCGAGGGACGCACGCGGGAAUCUCACCACCAUCGCCCCCGUGGCGUACCGGCGGUCCCGCUGGCAGGAACCCUCGUCAACACCAACACAACGCCCGACUCGACCGUCCGCCGGUGGCCGGCCACCAGGCCAAACCGGCGAGGAUCGCGGAAGGCUGAUGCGGGUGAGGAGGGCACGCCGGAAGCACAACAAGAAGAGCAGCGGGAGGGUCACCGGGUCGGGUCACCGGGGCGAGAGGCGAGUGAGCGAGCGGCCACCCCCUCACACGGGCGGGUGGCGCAGCCGCAGACCAACGGGGAGGUGGGACCUUUCCGGGCACAGCCGGCACGCCAGGUAAACGAACGCGGGAUCUCACCACCCCCAACUCCGGGGCGGUCCCGCGCAACGCCUGGGACACCGAGCCGGCCGACCAGCGGACCGGAAACCCCCACCGCGGCAGCGGCGGGCCCCCCCAAAAGAGGCCCGAGAGGGAAAAGGCAGCUCUCGCACACACCUCAAAGACCCCGUGAACGCCCGCGGAGCCGCCCGCGCCAGCAGGGCCCCACCGCCUCCAUCCACACCACACCGCCGGGCACAGCACCCAUCAUCGACCGCCUCUUUUUCGGCCGCGUGAGCAAGGGCCCACACACACCGGGAUCCUCGGCUCCGGGGGGCCAGAACACCCCCGAGCGGCGCACCACCACGGGCACGGCAGCCCCGGAACACCGCGGGGCCCAGCGCCCGCACGGCGCCGUCGUCGCCAACGGGCGGCGGCCCACACAGACGCUCGGGAACAGCGUCGCCAGGGGCCGGAGGGGGAGGGGGACGGGACCCCCAAAAACCCCACGGCAACCCAAGCACGAGGCCAGGAAGCCACACACCACACGCCCUCGCAUCGCGACCCGGCACGGGCUCCAGGCUCCGCCACUCGACACACCGCACGCGAGGCAGGGGCGGGGACGGAUCGGGAACGUCCUCCACUCACCACACCAGACGACGGCCCGGGAGAGACCAGAGUCCAGGGAGGGGAGGAGGACAAGGCGUCGGGCCCAGACAGAACUACUGGUCGACCCGACAAAGCUGCCACCCCCCGCACAGACCGGGCACCGAAGAGAGAGCGGCGACGCACGGCCCCACCCCGCGCUCGCCUGCGGGCGCAAAGUCCGACAGAACAGCCGCCCCGGCGCCACAGCGACACCACGGCGACAGUCGCGCCCGGCACCCGGCAGAGGCCGGGCCUCCGCCCGGCUCGCUGCCGCCAGACCUCCUCCUCCUCCACUCGCUCGCUCGGCUGAGAACGAGGGGACUGUCAUAUCAAAGCGGACGCCAGGGGGAGCACGACAACCGCCUUCCAACGACCGACUCCACCGAGCCGCCGUACCCCGGAUCGGCGCGCGCCGGCCGGCUCUGAGCUCCGGAGACACAGAACACGGAAACAAAUCGCCUCACUCACCACCGCCACGCACCGAGUGGCACAACCUAG